GCGGUGACUUCGGCGACGAGCCACGUCCCUCACCCAGGACGGCCGGCGACACCUAACGAACCAGUCGCCGGGCCCAUGAUGGAUGCGAGAGCAAAGGCUGCGGCAUUAUCAACUGAGAGGUGGCGGGUGGCAGCUGCCAGGAUCGGUGGCCGAGGCGAAGCUGAGCUCACAGACGAGCUCAAGCGUAACGUGGUGCUGCAAACUCUCUCCCUCGUCAACAACCAGAUAGAUCCCUGGUGCGCCGUUGCGAUCGCCCAGGUGCUAUGGGACGACGUGGUGCUGACUACACUCAAGCUCAGCAUCAACAUCGGCGAGGAGGGAGCAACCGCCCUCGGCGUGGCCCUCAAGGUUAACACGGUGCUGGCCACCCUCGACCUCGGCGGCAACUACAUCCGCGCCGAGGGCGCCGCCGCAAUCGCUGAGGCACUGCGCGGCAAUGGGGUGCUGACCGAUCUGAACCUCUGGGCCAAUGGCAUCGGCGACGAGGGCGCUAAGGCGAUCGGCGAGGCGCUGGCGGUCAACGGGGUGCUGACCUCCUUGGAUGUGGGCUCGAACGGCCUCACCGAGGAGGCGGCCCUCGGCAUCGUCCGCGUCGAGCGGCAGCGCAACAAGCUUACCUCGCUGGCCUUGGAAAACUGCGGCAUCGGCCCGACUGGCGCCGCAGAGAUCGCCGAGUACGUGUCGGGCAGCGCGGUGCUGACCGAGCUUGACCUCGCCCGCAACGACAUCGACAACGCGGGCGCCGUGGCGCUGGCCUCCGCUAUGCGCGUCAAUCAGGUGCUGACCGCCCUCGACAUCAGCAUGAACGUGAUCGCCGACGAGGGCGCCGCUGCGAUCGGCGGCGCUCUCGCGGUCAACGCGGUACUGAAAAGCAUCAAGCUCCGCGGCAACUCGCUCGGCACGGAGGGCUGGUGCGCGAUCUUUGCCGCGCUGCGAGACAACAAGGAGAACAAGAUUGAGUCAUGGGACCUCUCGGGCCAGGGCAUCAACGCGGAGAUCGCCAAGGUGCUGGUGGAGUAUCUCUCGGCCAGCGCGGUGCUGACAACCCUCGACAUCAGCCGAAACGAGAUCGGCGAAAAGGGCGCCGCUGCGAUCACGGCUUGCCCCGCUCGGAGACGGCUCCUGAUUCACGGCUUGGAGGCCGCAUCGGGCGGCUCCUGCUCGCGGCGGUCGCCGCGUGAGGCCAGCCGCCAGCAGGCGUGGCGGUCCUACCUUGAGCACGACACGGGACUGCUCAAGGUGGGAGGACGCGGCUUGACUGCGUCCGAAUGGAAUGCACUGGAAGCGAGGGAGCACACGGAAGGGGUGCUGAGGGGCGAGGACGAGGAGUUGCAGGCGGCGCUGCUCGCCAGCCUCGAGAGCAUCCCGCAUGAGCGGCUCGAGCGCGCGCUGCGCAACUACGAGCGGCACCACGGGCUCAAGCCGGGGUCCGCCACCUUCUGGCAGGUGCAGCGCUCGUCCGCCGGCUUCGGCGGCUGGAUCGAUGCGUUUGCCGACCUCGACGUGGGCGGACACGACGACGAGGACGGGUUGCUCGUCAGCGGGGCCGAGGACGAAAGCGGCGACAGCGACGACGGGCGCGGCGGCUGCGCGCCGUUGCGAGCCGGCGACGCGGAGGAGGAGGCGGCGCUGCAGCGCGCCCUGCUCGAGAGUGUCGGCGUGAGGUUUGCGGGCGGCGAGGAGGACAGAGAGGGUGUGGCAGACUGAGGGCAAGGAACGAGAUCCCUCACCAAGAUCGCGCAGGGGCCAGGGCGGGAAACAUGGAUCCCACUAAAUAAAUAAAUAAAUAAAUAACGAAACGGACACCUCUACUGUGAGAUGGGUAAAAAUUCCU